GCUUUGAUUUCUAAUACACAGAAAAACCGGAUUCUCACCAGGUGAGCGAACAGCAACUUCAUUUCAGUCGAAAAAACAGUCAUGGCCCCUCAGAUCGAAGCUGUUUCCACCAAAUCGGCUCCGGCUCCGCUGCCGCAGUUCUCCCAGGCUGUUAAGCACAAUGGCAUGGUGUACUGCUCCGGAAACGUCGGAGCCAUUCCUGGGACGAACUUUGAGCUGGUAGAGGGAACAGUUAAAGAUAGAGCGCGACAAGCUAUCAAGAAUCUUGAGGCUAUCCUCAAAGAGUCCGGCAGUAGUUUGAGAAACAUCGUCAAGAUGAACAUCUACAUCACAAACAUGCAAAACUUUGCUCUUGUGAACGAAGCAUACGAUGAGUUCUUCACUUGGGAGCCCAAGCCGGCUAGAACUUGUGUAGCGGUCUUUCAGCUACCGUUGGGAACCGAUGUUGAGAUUGAGUGCACUGCAGCUCUAGACUAG